AUGGCAAGCUUGGCUUCUGCUCAGGCAUCAUCAAGGCUAGACGCUCUGAGUCUCACAAACACGAUCGUAUCCUUGGCUCGAAACGCCAGGACACACCGCCACAAUUGCGGGCAGCUCGCUGAGCACGUAGGGAUGAUAGGAAACUUGCUUGAGAAGAUUAAAUCAACUGACCUGAUGAAGCUCCCAGCUACAAAGGAGCCGUUGGUUGGUCUUGAAGAGGCUCUUGAGAAAGCACUUCAAUUAGUGGAGAGUUGCAGAGACAAGAGCUGUCUCUACAUGCUUGCCAUGGGGUGGAGUGUAGUUUAUCAAUUCCGCCAAGUCCAAGCUGAGAUUGACCGCCACCUCAGUCUCCUAGUCCUCCCCAUGAUUUCUCUGCUUCAUGAGUUUCGCCUGCAGAAUUUGAAGGAAGGCCUGCAGGCCAUUGAAGCGGAUCAAAGAAUGUAUACACUUGAGGAAGAGGACAUGGAGGCCCAGAAUGUGAUAUUGAAACCUGAUAGAACAAGGACAGAUGCAGAGAUAUUAGAGAAGUCAUUGUCUCCAAAAUAUCCUAACUUGACUUUCAGUGAGGCACUUCAGGAGGAGAAGGAGAAGCUGAACAUUGAAUUGCAGCGGUCAAGAACAAUUAACGACGACCCCGAUCAAUGCAGAGUGAUUGAACAUCUUAUUGAUGUAGCAGAAAAUGUGGUCAGUGGUGUGCUGCCUGGGAAGAAAGUUGAGAAGCUUCUUGUCAAUGAACCAAGUUAUGUGGUAUCAGGGUACAUAACCAAUGCCAAAUCCAUCUAUGGAGACCAUGGCUUACGGCCAGAGAAUGAAGGGCGGUUCGGGUGGCACGCUGAUCUUUUCGGUUGUUGCAGCGAGCCUUGUCUAAGCCUGAAGACCUGCGUCUACCCUUGUGGAACAUUUUCAUGGAUAGCCAAUGUGGUGUCAAAAGGAAAAAUAUCUCGUGAACAAGCAACCAAUAACCUAAUAGCAUGCUCUGUUUUUGGUGGCUGUUGUUGUUACACUUGCUUUGUGAGAAGGAAAUUGCGGCAACUUUUUAACAUGGAAGGAAGUUCUUGUGAUGACUUCUUCACUCACCUCGUGUGCUGCUGCUGUGCCAUGGUUCAGGAACGACGAGAACUUGAACUCAGAAACUUCGAAGGUUGCCGAGGAACAAAUAUGAUCGUCCCACCAUCAUUACAAUGCAUGAAUGCAUGA